GACCCCGCGCCCCAGAGCUACAGAGCAGAGGCCUGGGUCUCCUCCCACAUCUGGGCCCAGAAAAAGGGCUGGAAGCUGAGCUUCACUUCCAGCUUCCCCAGGCUCAGUUCCAGCAGCGCCUCGGGCUUCUGCAGAGCCUCCGCGCCUGCCUUCCCUCCUGCCUUAGCAACAGGGAGGCUGUGGAUACCGCCGGCGGGUGGGGGCCGGGGAGGCUGCGUGCAGCCCGGGCUCCCAGGGGCGGCGGCGGCCCAGCCCCAAUGCCCCGCGCACGGGCGACCGCAGUGCGAAGCCACCCCGCGAGCGCGACAGUCGCGGCGUCGGCGUGCACGGGCCCCAAGCACCCACCCUCCGCACCCGUCGCGGGUCCAAAAGGGAUCCUGCAAAAAUGAGCCAUUCUCACCCCGCUGGAUUACUUGCAACAUAUAAUAGUCUUACGGAUAAACACCUGGCUGGAUAUUUUAACAAUACAAGGAUAAGGCGGCAUCUCUUGAGAUCAGGGCUGAUCACAAGAAACGGGAGGAUACUUUCUGAAAAGGAAUACAAGCUAAAUAUCAUGAAGAGGGAUCACCAAAAAUAUAUCCGGGAGUGCUUAGCCCAGGCUAUUUUCCAUAAGGUUCUUGAUAUGGAGCGUUACCAUCAGCUUGAAAUUAAAAAGAAACUGGAGACAUUAGCUAGGAAGGAGCGAAUUCAGAGAUUUAAGGGAGAGCACGCAGGAUGGACUAUAGGAAAUAACAUGCCAAUCCUGUCUCCCCGCCCCCCAGUUGGCCCCAAGACUAAUCAUGGCCAUAGUGUUCUGGUUGAUGAAGGACAUUCCAGUCCAGUAACACUGACAGCCCCUCGACCAUACACUGCCCCAGGAAAUAUGCAGCCUCCAAUUCGAUUACAACCUCUUCCCAGUAAUCCUGCAGUAGGAACUGCUCCAAAGGUAACUUCGGGGUCCAGAUCAAAAACCUCAUUGCUGGAAAAUGAAGCUCCAUUUCCCAUUGGGGGCAAGAAGGCAAUGAUGAAGUUCAGGAACUCCAUGGACAAUUCACAGGGAAUGAAUCGAUAUCGAUUUCCAAAGAUUAACCAUUACAUGAUGCCUAUUCCUCCUCCACUUCCUCCCCCUAAUGGAAAAAUCACAAGGGAAAAUAGACCUGAAACAUGGAGAAGGAGAAGAGUUCGUCCAACCACUGCUCCAAAUGGCUUAGAACCUCUCUUUACCAGGGGUUCAAGAAGGAUUCACAAAACACCACUGCAUAGUAAUGCAGCUAUUACAAUGAUCUAUUUGGGGAAAAAUGUGCACAUAGCUUAUGAUCACUCAGAUUUCCGGGAUGAAAUAAAAGUUUAUCAGCAGCACUGUGGUGGGGAAAACCUGUGUGUCUACGCAGGCAAACUGCUUGAAAAAGAGACCUUUCAGUUUAUUUCCAAAAGGCACUAUGGUUUCCCCUUCAGUCUCACCUUUUUCCUGAACGGGAUACAGGUGGACAGGUUAAGUUCCUGCUGUGAAUAUAAGCAUCGAAAAGGUUCCAGACUUGGAGGCAAACGAGGCUACUUUGGGUUUGUGUGUGUCGAGAGAUCAUCUCCUUGCUACAAGUGCAUUAUUGCAAUGGGCCUUGACAAAAAAACAACUUCACCAAAACCUAGGAAAGAAAAGAGUGUUGAGAGAAGAGAGGGAUUGAUGAAGGGUGACGGGAAACUGAGGAAGGAUAGAGAGUACCUGAUACCAAGAAGGAGAGAGAUGAAGGGGAGCAAAACCUCAGCUUCAGCCAUUUUUUCAGCUCCAGAACUACAUACAGGGAUCGGCGAAGUGAGAACUGCUGUCGAAGAAAUGGAACGUAAAGAAAAGCCAGGACAAGAAGUCUGGGAAGAUGACCAAGAAAACAUAUUUAAAUAUGAAUAUGAAGAAGAUUUCGAAGCAGAUGAGGAGAAACAAGAUGAGAAAGCUAAUGAAGGACAGGCUGAUGAUCCAAUGAAUGGAAUGCCAAAGUCACCCUCAGAUGAUGAAAAAGAUCUUUCAGAUGCUGAAAAGGAGAGUGAAACCUCGUGGAAGGCAUCAGAUGCUGAUGACAGUGUGAAAGAUGAGGUUGAUGGAUGCUCUGAGAGUGAAUUGGAAGAGGAUAAACAUGAUAUAAGAACUGCUUCAUCAACCUCAUCCAAAAGUCACCCAUAUUCUAGUUGCAGUGAGGAUGAAUCUGCACUGGGGGACAGGGAAGCCCACACUGAGAACAGUCCAAAUGAAAGUGUCCGAAGUCCAUCUUCCCAGGAGUUGAGUGAAAAUGAUGAGCCAGGAAAAACCCACCUUCCACUUGAGAAUUCUCUAGAAAUCGAAACUGAAGACCAAGAAAUAAUAAAAGUAGAUGUGGAGACCAAGCCUCUGCCAAUAGAGGAAAACUUGGAGAAUGUUCUUGAAGAAGAAGCAGAGAAAGGAACCCGAGUGAUUGCAGAGGGCUUAUCUGAGAAGUCCAGGGAACAUGUUUCCAAGGAAGACAAGGAAAAGAGUAAGAGUAACCUUUGGGAAGGAAGCGCUGCUAAGGUGAAGGACAAAAAGGCAGGUCCCCGUAGGAUGGAUAAAGGUGUUGGACAGGUAGUAGCUGAAGAUGUGGGUCCCGGCUGCCACUGCCACUAUGACUCUGAGUCUGGUGUUAGCAGUGCAGACAGAGGAGAGAAGCACUCAAGGAAGGUGGAGAUUGACACAGGUGCAGCACUGAAUAGGAAUUUAGCGGUGGAGGAAAGGGCAGCACUCAGCUCAAACAAGGAAUCCAAGCAAGUUGCAUCAAAAGAGCAUACACUGGAGAAGAAAGAAGCAGUGGAGGAAGAUGGAGGUCCCCAACACAGGGAUGCUGACAUAGAAGAAAAAGGGGAUGCAGCACCGUGGGGAAAAGCAGGGGUUAAUGAGGUUCCCUUGGGGCAGUGGAAGCCAACAGUAGAGCAGCCGGCAUUAGUAGGACAGUUUACAGAGGAAAGAACGAUCCCUCAGGGCGUAGUAAGUGGGGCAGAGGCAGAAGCAGAAGGGGAUAGAAGGCAACAAAAGGAGGGGUUAGACCCCAGAGGACAAGAAGCAGCAAGAGAUUCUGGAGGUCUGAAUGAAGGGGAGGCUUCUGAGGAGCAGGCCUUGAAGCAAACGGUGCUGGAGACAGAGACGGCAGCUUCUGACGCGGAGCAGGGUGAGGAGAAGGCGGUGCUUACAAGCCAGGCAGCAGCCCUGAGAGAGGCAGCGAGGCCGGAGCAGGGAGAGUCUGAGGGAGCGGCUGUGAGCGAGGCCGGGUCUGCAAAGCCAGGUGUGGAGGACAGUGAGGGGGAAGCAUCCACAGACCUAGAGGACGUGGGACCCGGAGAAGCUACACCCGAGAAAGUAGAGGAGGCCAUCCUGUGGGGAGAGGCACCAGCCAAGGAGAGGGGGGCAGUUCUGGGAAGGGAAACUCCCUUGAGCUCCUGGACUUCUGUGAAGGCCCAGGCAACUCGGACGGGGGUUUUGGAGGACAGCCUUGAAGAACUUCGUAAGGGCCCUGUGGAAAGGGAGGAGGUUGAGAUAGAGUCAGAGUCUAAGAAGGAAGAUGAGAGGAAAGAAAUGUCACCUGAGGAGUCAGGUGCAGCGUGCGAGAGAAGGAAAGCUGAGAGGCCAAAGACACCUCUGGGGGAAACCAACUCUGAGAGGGAAGCGGUGGCAAGGACAAAGGCGCCUCAGGAUGAAGACACUUUAGAAGAAGAGCAAAAGUUGAAAGAGGAAGAGGGGGAACCCAUGAAGGAAGUAAGACCCAAGGAAGAGACACAAGCCCCCCAAAAUGACAUGGGGCAUGGGGCUGAGGAUGAAGCAGCCGUGCGGGCAUCUGAACUGACUGAAGACGCAGGGCCGCAAGGAGAGGAUUCACUGACCAUGUCUGAAGCAUCCCCUGGAUUUGAAAAGUCCCUGGAAAACAUAACGGUUUGGGGGAAAGAAGGAGGAGAAAGACCAAGAGAAGCUGGAGACACAGGGCGCAGAGGCAGAGCAGGGCUGCGCCUCGGGGAGAACGUGGGCCCCGCAGAGCAGGACGAGGGCGCGAGCCCUGCAGGAGGGGGGAUGUCAGGAGCCCCUGAAAGCGAGCUCUCAGGGCAGGCACAGACACCCGGGGCUGCCGACGAGGCCCGGGAGUGUGCAGCCAAACAUCAAGACAGCCUGAUGAGCUGGGAGGGGAGGGAUAAAGAAGGGCCUUUACAGGGGCCACAGGGAGCGGCUGUCCCAGCCAGGACACAAGAAGAUGUUCCCGAGGGAGAAUCCACCAUGGCAGGAAAGUUGAGUGAAGAAGUGAUGGGUGAGGACCCAGAGGAGGUGGCUUUUGAAGAGCCCACUCUGGGGGUCGGGCUGAUGAAGAACGGGGACACCGAGGGGGACAGGGGCUCGCGGGGCGUGGUUGUAGCUGAGGAAGGUCGCCACCAAGGAGGAGGAGAGACAGGACCAGCCGCAGAGCGGGAGGCGUUGGCAGGUUCGAAGACAGCUGGGGGGCAAACAGAAGCGCAUGAAGCCUUCUUCUCAGAUGCGGCUGGGGAGGAAAGCCGGCACAGAGUGGAUGAGACACUCGGAGAAACGGCAGCUGCACACAAGGUGGCUGUAGAGGAAACAGUGCUGAGCAGGGAGGAGGCGACAGUGACUUGGGAGACGGAGGCUGAGGUCGAGGCUCCAGGGCAACCUUCUGACCUGGAAGGGAGGGCCCCACCGCCAGGGCCGGCUCGGGAGGGAGGGGAAGCUAAACCCACACAGGAGGCGGAGUCCGUGUGGAGUCCGGGGCAGCUGAAGAAUUCAGAUUGGGAUUUUCCCAAGACAGAGGGUCAGAGCCCAGGGGAGAGAGUGCACGGGACGCAGGAACACUCACUGGAAAGCCCAAUUGCACUGGGGCCCAAGAGAAGCGAGAGCAUGCAGUGCACAGAGGAAGUGAAGACCCAGAUGUUCUGCUGAACCCCAGGAAGGCCUAAGAGACUUUGCAGCUGAUGGAUAUUUUCAAGAUGUCUUCUGGAAGACUUAGAGUGGAGAAGGAUCACCUGAGCAUCUCACCAGGAACUUAGAUUUUUUUUUUUAACAUCUUUAUUGGAGUAUAAUUGCUUUACAAUGGUGUGUUAGUUUCUGCUUUAUAACAAAGUGAAUCAGCUAACGAGGACUUUAGAUUUUCUCUUUUUUUUUUUUUUUUUUAAAAUCCCUGUGCUUGUCUGAGCAGUUCCCAGUCUGCCAAUGCUGGUCUGUAGCACCUCAAGUACCUUGAGAAGAGCUGCUCAGACUCUCCCUAGGGUGCUGGUUCCUAAUGGAGGAGGCUGAUAUCUAAGUCUACAUAGUUAACAUGUCUAUAUUCAAAUCAAAUUGAUAGUUUUCAAAUGUUUGACUUUUACCAAAGAUUACCUGGAAGUCCCAGUCCUGAUGCCUGGGGUUUGUUUAAAUUCCUUUUAAUUUAUAAUCACACAUUAGUCCCAGUUUCACACAUGAGCGUUUUAUUUACAAUCUGUGGCUUUGCCUGUAAAAAUGAGCUCUAAACGUCCUUCCCGGUAUACUCGGUGGUAAAGAUUGCUCCAGACCUGUAAGUCCUUCUAGAAAAGGAUUCCAUGGCAUAUCUAUUCACUUACACUUAGAAAUAAUCACGCUUUCUAUUUAUGCCAGAUGAGUAAUUUUAAGUGUAAAUCUUGUUUCAAAUUGCCCUUUGUUUUUGCAUGUUUCUGUAGUGUUGCUUUAGAGGUAGACAGGUAAAUGCUUGUGGCAUUUCACUCCUGGGGGCCUUAUUUAUAGGGCCACUCAAUUUAAAUCAAUGUAGUAAAUAAUUUAGCUACGUAAAAUGAGUAACAACCACUAUAGCAGGUAAACAUUGCACAUCAGUCCAUACAGCAACAUUCUAGACUCUAGACUCCGGUUGGUGUCACUCAACUUGGAUUAAAUUAGCAUGCUGCUCACCUUCCCAAGUUCUGUUAUUUCAAACCUGUGAACUAACCCUGCAGUGCAUUGUAAAUCCAUGGUCACAACUUCUUCCUAAAUUACCCCUGCCCCCAUAUCACUAGGAAUAGUUGUGUAUCAGUGUGCCCCUUGGGGAUUUUGAUUUCCUUGUGAUAUCUUUCUUUGUUCAUAUGCCAGUGCCCCAAAGGGCACAUAUGUUUGGCCAUCUUUUCAUUAUGUGAGGAGGUGAAAGAAAACAUCCUAAAGCAGUGAUUCUCCAGUUAUGCUACACAUUAGACUUUCAUGGGGUACUUUCAUGAAUGAUUCAAUCCCUGGCCCUACCCCAGAGGUUCAGAUCGAAUUAGUUUUAAAUGGGUAUAGGCAUCAGUUUUUUGUUUUUUAAUUCUUCAGUUGGUUUUACUACGUAGGCAAAAUUGAGUACUGCUGCCCUAAUCAUUAUACAAUCCAUACUGGCUGCCCUGUGUCCCUAAGGACCAGGCAUAUUAUCUUUAUUUUUUUUUUAUCUUUAUAGAUGUGUUUCAUUUUAAUAAAGGAGUCAUUCAGUGAUCAAAGGUAUAAUGGACCAGUGGUUCUCACAAUGUGGUCCCUUGAUCAGGAUAUCAGCAUCACCCAGAACUGUUCCAAACACAAAUUCCUGCCUUCAUCUCAUACCCAUUAAAUUGGAAACUCAGUGGGUGGGGCAGAGCAAUUGGUGUUCUAACAAGCCCUCUGGGUAAUUCUCAUGUACCCUCUAGUCUGAAAACUGCUGUCACAGACUAUUGAUUGUUUUGAGGAUUGGUCUCAGUUGGAAAAUGGAUUGCAGAAGCGUUGUGUACUUUGUCUCUCUGUCUCUCUUUUACCAUCUGUCUCUCUUCUCUCUUUUUCUUUUUUCUCUAAGCAAUGGUACUCACUUAUAAAAGUGAUUACCUCAACUUUAAACUCAUUUUUAUUGGGCAUGUAAUGAUAUAUAUGUGAAGUCCUUCAGCCCCAUCCCCUACUGGGGACGAGCAUCACUCAUGGCACAUCAUAGAUCUCCAUUGUCUUACAUUUUAUGAGUGGAUUUCAUCUACAUUAUAUCCAAUUUCAUUUAUUACUGAGCUGUAUUACUGUGAUGUUCUACAGUAUUUUUUCGCUGAUCUCAACCUCAUUGCUACAGAGCACUUUGAAUACAUAGCACCUUAUGGGAAAGAUUGUAAACUUGUUAAUUCCAUUGAAGAAUGAGUUUUGUACAAUGUGCUAAAUGGAAAUUGCAUUGGAUUAUUUUUGUAUUUAACACAUUCCAUCAAAACUUUCUGUAAAAUUAUACUACAGUCUGCAUGUGGGUUUGACUGUGAAAUUCAGUGUUGUGAUAUUUCGAUGAAGUGAAUUCUUUCUCUGCAAAUACUAUAUUGAUAAAAUUAUUUUAUGUUUGAACUGA